AUAACGUGCGAGCUCAUAUUUCGAUUUGUCAUGUUUGGCUAGGGACGAAACAGAAUUUUUUUCUCGGAGGUAGUGUUUACGUUAAAACGUUAAUACAACAACAACAAUCAGGUUGGUUUAUUCAUUGACCAUAACAAACUGGACACAUUUUAAUACAUAACAGAAGAAAUGUUACAAAAGAUCGGACAGUAAGAAUAACUGGAAGAGGACGUGAUUUCCAAAGGGAUCUUAGUUUACGUGUACAUGUAAAGCAGAUUCGAGUGGCACAGCCACGAAAGUUGCAAAGCGAACGAACUCAAAUGUCUGGUAUUCCCCAAAAAAGGAUAUUUUGUGCGCAGUUUCUGCGAGUAUAAGUGACGUCUUCGUCCGCAACUGUCAAAGGUGAGGAUGUCAGAGGACAAGAAGCGUGGGGAGGAUGGGGAGGAAGGUGGCCCUGGCCUAGCCUUCAUGCCAUUUGUGGUCAUGGAGGACCUCUUGGAUAAACUGAGGCUUCUUGAGUAUGAGCAAGAAUUCAGCAGGAAAAUGAAUCUGAAGCCAUUGUCAAGACAUUACUUUGCCAUAGCCACCAACCCUGGAGAGCAGUUUUUUAUGUUCACUUCUCUCGCCGCUUGGUUGUUAAGGAAGGCAGGCAAACAGUUUGAACAGCCGCAGGAGUAUGAUGACCCCAAUGCUACCAUAUCCAGUAUCUUGGAGGAAGUGAGGAAUUUUGGUCACACAGUGGAUUUUCCGCCAUCAAAACUGAAGCAAGGCUGUGGAGAACACUGUAUCUAUGUGCUGGAUCGCUUGUCCGACGAGGCUCUAAAAAACACAGCAUUUUCUUGGAAGAGACCUCAGUACCCAGAGGAAGAAAUGGGAGAGGAGAACAUUAUAGAGGAUGACUCUGAACUAACACUACAUCAAGUGGAGAAGGACAUGAUCCAGGACACUCAUGAUGAUGAAGACUAUGAAGACGAUGAGCCCAUGAUGGACCUGGAGGGUUUGAAAAAGCUUGGUCACCAUAAGGAGUUACAAGAAGGAAGUAAACCCGAGGAGAUUUUAGAAUCCUCCACAGAUGCUGCUGACUGGAAGCUGGAGGUAGAGAGAGUGUUACCUCAACUCAAGGUGACCAUACGGACAGACAACAAGGACUGGAGGGUCCAUGUCGACCAGAUGCAUCAGCACAAAGAGGGCAUCGAGACCUCAUUAACAGACACCAAGUCCUACCUAGACAGGCUUCAUUCAGAAAUCACCAGGACAUUAGAAAAGAUCGGGAGUCGGGAGAAGUACAUCAACAAUCAGCUAGAGCACCUGCUACAAGACUUCAGGUCAUUACAGGACCAACUGGCUGAGUCUAAGGAGAGGUACAGACAGGCCAGCGGGGGAGUCACAGAGAGGUCCAGGAAACUAGCAGAGGUGACAGAGGACUUGGAGAAGGUGAAGCAGGAGAUGGAGGAGCGGGGCAGCAGUAUGACUGAUGGAGCUCCCCUGGUGAGAAUCAAACAGGCUAUACAGCAGCUGAAGAAGGACAACACUCAGAUGGACAUCAGGAUUGGGGUGGUGGAACACGUCCUUCUUCAGGCCAAACUCAAGGACAAACACAGCCAGACCAAGCAGGUGCACGCCAACACUGGGCAGCAGUUCUCCUAUUAGGCUAUCUUACGUACUCCUUGUACAUUCCAUCCUGUGACUCACUCACCUGCAGCCUGUCUGUGCGUGUGGUUGACAGACAUCUAGGUGUGACUCACUCACCUGCCAGUUCAGACUCGGCUGUCCAGCUUGGACCUGCAUAACUGUCUUCACUUCCUUCUUACAGUUUAACAGAAGACUGUGAAUUCUGUGAUGGUCAGACGACCAGCCGUCCAGGCUGUGUUGUUACAGGUGUGUCCUACGUUUACCAAUACAAACACAGGAUGCAAACAGAAGUGAUGUAGGUAUUGUGAAGGAUACAGUGUAACACGCUUUUGUGUGUUUGAUGGUUAUUUACAAUAUUUGUGUAUAGUAUGGUUUACUCAUCACACAGACAAGAGACAGUCUUUGCUCAGAAGAAAAGAAGUUUUGUAUAACAAGUAUCCUGUUAGACUUAAUAGAUGUACACAGAGAAUUGUUUUAAAUUUGUCCAUGCAGUGACACAGUGACAAGACCUGUUCCGUCCAUAAAUGUUGCCAGCAUGAAAUAAAGGUAACCUCU